AUGCCAAACAAGAGGAGCAUCAUAUCUCAGCACGAGAUCGACGAUGUUGCCCCUGUCGAAGACCUGACUCAGCCGCUGACGCUGCAUUCCAAGCGCACCGAACGACGGCGAAGGAAGCAGGAGCAGCGGGCAACUUCGACGUCAUCGGCCGAUCGACUGCGAGGAUUUCUCGACCUUCCUUUUGAGCUGAUGAUGGGCAUCUUGGAUUUACUAUACCCGAGCGACAUUUUCGUCCUAUCCCGGGUGAAUCAUGAUCUGCGCCGCUUUCUGCUCGCGAAUGAAACGAGCAUCACCCGCCGCAUCGUCGAUUUCCGCUACCCGAUCCUCGAACGAUGCCUCGUACCGCCGGUUUUGAUGGAAAACAUCGACCCGGCCAUCCAGCUGUUGCUCAGGAGCCCCGACCGCCCGGACCUCACCUUGUCGCAUCGGACCGGCCCUCAGAAUAUACCGUCCCCGGACAACACGCUCCAUUGCACAUGUUUGACCUGUAUGGUUCGCUGGAAUGCACUCUGCGCCGCCGUCGACUUCGCCCACUGGCAAGACAAUCUCGACAAGGGCGUACCGAUCCCCACAGUCGCCCGCGGCACAGUUCCUCCUUGGAACGGCGAACUCCUUGCGAGGAAUCGCCGCGUCGUCCUCAACGCCCUGACCAGUCCUCUGUGGUACGCCAGAAUCCUGGAGGCGCACCUCAAGUCAACCACAAGGUCUAUUCGCCGUCAUAGCCAUAACAAGGCCGACCAGCGCCCUCAUUUUCGUAUGACCGCCGCGGACAUGAGGGCAGGCACGGAUGCGUUUCUGCAGCGAGAAGGACCCCCUACCUUUGACUAUCCUUAUUCGCGAGAGCUGUAUUAUAUGCUUGAGGCCUUCCUGCCGGGCAGGAGCUGGAUCGCCGCGUCCCAGAAGUGGGUUUACAUCAAGCAGACCCAGGAGUGGCACGAAAUGGACCUCGGGAUGCUGGUCAACAUGGACAAGAUGAGGCGGCAGAUGCGCCAGAAACCUGUCGUCCAACCGUCCUGUCCUUCUGGUAUGCACGACCUCUAUCGACAUUACGGAACCCGCAGCGUUUGGGAAAAGUACGAAGUCCCCAAGUGUCCCGUUGUCGAGGUGACGGAGCUCUGGGUUGAGGAGGAGGAUGGCAACCAGUCGACCGCGGUCUUGGAGACCAAGACCAUCAAUUCACCCGACAUUGACAGUUGGCUUGAGGAGCCACCUCGCCGAUCUUUCCCGGACGGCGCCUACACGCGAGCGGUUCGCCUUGUUUGGGUUGGCGAGGACCGCAAGAAUGUGCGAGCGAGCCCAUCGACGAAAACGUUAGAGAGGUUAUCAGAGCAGUGGGGGCUUCAAGAUGCCCUGGAUUAUGCUCGAGGCUGUUUCGCCGGAGUGUCAGCAGUUGAGCCAGAUGGUGACCAGCAGGUGUUCACCGUCGCCUACCAUCCCAAGCUCGUCGCAGCUUGGCGUCAUACGGCCGAUAAUUCCUCCGCCUCGACAUCUCACGUACAGGCUAUCAUCUUUGCCGAGGGCGAGGAAAGGAUCGAACUUCGACGUAUCCUGGAUUCGAAAUGGACGACCUCCACCGUCAAGCACCCGAUGUUCCCCGCCCUGGUCUGCAACUUGGUGCUUGCACACGGGCUCGAUACUACGCUUGAGGAUAUCAAGGCGGCCGUCAGGGAGGUGGAGGCGCGCACUGGACAUCACCGUUUUGCGUCCCGGCGCCAGACACAGCCGGCUGCUGGUGAGCUCGGAAGCCUUUCGGCGCAGAUGAGCGGGUGUGCCGCCAAGCUGGCCAACGGGACACGCAAAAUGAAGGUUGUUGAGGCCAUCAACGAGUUUAUCUCCCAACAUAACUCUGGGAGGCCGCCAAACGCCCAGGAAGAAAGGACCAUCCCCCCCACCCAUACGAAUACCAUAGACCGCUCGAUGAGAGGCUCGGGAUAUGGAUUCUCGGCAGCUUAUCUUAACCUUGUCCGGCACCGGGUCCAGAUGCAGGCAGUCGAUGCGGCGUACGUGCAGCAGCGGGUGCAAAUACAAAUCGCCGCGCUAUUCCACCUGAUCGCGCAGCAGGACAACGCCAUUGCUUUUGAUACCGCCAGCGCAACGCGGAGCAUUGCCGCAUCCAGCCUGCAGGACUCGUCGUCCAUGAAGAUGCUCGCCUUGGUCGCCAUGUUCUUCCUCCCCGGGAGCUUUGUUGCCGCCCUGUUUUCCGCGCCCUUGUUUGCUUGGGACGAAGCCCUAGCGGCUGGGGGCAUGGCCGUGGGCACGCGGCCUCAGUUUGCGCUGUUUUGGGCGGUCACAGCGCCGCUGACCGCUCUCGUUUUCGUUCUCUACGGCGUGUGGAUGUGCGUACAAGGUAGAAGGGAGCGGAAGAAGAGCAAUACGUUUGUCUGA